AGUAUAUAUGUUGUUGAUCCAAAUAGUGAAGCGGUGUAAAGUGAUGUUACAUGUCCGUUAUUAAUAUAAAUAGUAAAAUAGUUUAAAUGCGGUACAGCUAAUAGUUAGAAAAAAUGGAGCCUGAUGAGUUAGAAUUUAUCGGUGAAAAUUUCACAAUAGGUGUUGUUCCAAACUUUAAUCAUGAUCCGAUUUACUUGAUUUCUGGCGCGAUUGGUCCAUUCAAGGGAGGCCAUCCGUUGCAUAUACCACUAUGGUUAGCUAUUCACUUGAGGCAGCAGCAGAAAUGUCGUAUUGUGCCACCUGAAUGGAUGGACUCGCGGUUGCUUGAGGAUAUAAAGGAGGAAGAGAAACGCACAAGACAUUUCACUAAAAUGCCUAGUGAACAUUAUAUGGUCGAAGCGAAAUUGGUGCUGAACACAGCACCGGAAGAUGUACCCCAGUCUGAUGAAAUUAAAACAUUGAUCAAAGAUAUUUGGGACAUCCGAUGUGCCAAGUUACGCACAACUACCGAUAUGUUCUUGAAAGGUGAAGGUGAAACGGUCAAGCUAGAUAAUGUAACACUCGUUGAGUUACAUACAAUACGACCUUUUCUUACUCAUGCCAUGGAUCUUCUAUCAAGGAUACAGGAAUCCAAGAAAGCAGCUGGAGCGAACUUAUCCCUUCCAAAUCAAUCAAUUAUGACCAACAGCAUGAGUGGUUGGAAUUCGAGAAAUACACAGUAACUAA